ACAGCUAUGAUUUUAAAAAAUUACGACUAAGAGAUUCAGAAGACGGAAACGAAGAUUAUCCAUGCAUGAUGAUUUCAGCAAGCAGACGUUUUAACGAACCGUGCCUUGUAGAUGUGACAGUUGAGGGAGUGCAUUUGAACAUGGAAAUUGAUUGUGGGACAGCAGUUUCGGUGAUUAGUCUGAGCACUUAUACAAAAUAUUUCAAGCACAUUCAAACCACAAUUUGCAAUAGUCGUUUGGUGGUGGUAAAUGGACAACAACUGAAUAUUUUUGGCAAGGUCUCAGUAAACGUGAAAGUAAAUAACAUGCAGCAGCAAGUUUCUUUAAUAAUUCUCGACGGUGCCAGAAGUUUUGUUCCUUUGUUCGGUAGAAACUGGAGGGAAACGUUUGGAAAUCCCAUAGUCGUUAACAUUGUCAGGAAGGAAGUUCAGCAAACGGAUCUAGCUGGUAAUGUUGAGUCUAAUAUACGGUUACAAUAUCCAAAAAUAUUUGAUAGUGAUUUUUCAAAUCCUAUAAUAGGAUUUGAGGCAAAUCUUGUGCUUAAGGAUGAAAGACCGGUGUUUCGAAAGGCAUACGAGGUACCCUUCAAAAUAAGAGAGAAGGUCAUUGCUCAUUUGGAUUCCCUCGAGAAACAAAAUAUAAUAACGCCUAUUCAGGUUAGUGAAUGGGCUUCCCCGGUGGUCAUAGUUCUAAAAAAAGAUAACGAAAUUAGAAUGGUAAUAGAUUGCCGAGUGUCUAUUAACAAACUAAUAAUUCUUGAUACAUAUCCUCUUCCAUUAGCACAAGACAUAUUUGCUUCAUUGUCUGGUUGCAAAUGGUUUUGUUGUCUUGACUUGGCGGGGGCGUACACACAACUACAACUCUCGGAAAGAUCUAAGAGAUUUGUAGUUAUAAACACUAUAAGGGACUAUAUUCCUACAAUCGCUUACCUCAAGGGGCUACAUCCAGCGCUUCAAUUUUUCAAAAAAUAAUGGAUCAGAUUUUGAUUGGAUUAAAACAUGGAACUAGGGAAG